AUGUCCAGCGUUAAAAAGAUAGUGGUAUGCGGCGGGAAUGGGUUUCUGGGCAGCAGGAUUUGCAAGAGCGCUGUUGCUCGGGGUUGGGACGUUACAAGCAUAAGCCGAUCUGGCGAACCUCAAUGGUCCUCAGUAACCUCCUCACCAUCGCCACCACCCUGGGCGCACAAAGUAACCUGGGAACGCGCCGACAUCCUCAAACCCUCGACCUACGCUCCCCUCCUCAAAAACAGCGACUAUGUAGUCCACAGCAUGGGUAUCCUCCUCGAAGCCGACUACAAAGGCGUCAUAUCCGGGCGGGAGUCACCGAUCAAAGGUCUACAGCGAGCAUUCUCGUCCAACAAAGCCGGGAGUCAGAACCCACUGACACGAAAGAGUGACGAGGAUUUGAAAUCGCAAGAGAAAGACGGUCAGAUCACAUAUGAGCUUAUGAAUCGGGAUUCCGCGAUUACUUUGGCGAAGGAGGCGAAUAGUGUGGGCGUGAAGAGUUUUGCGUAUGUGAGUGCGGCUGGCGGUGCACCGGUAUUGCCCGGGAGGUAUAUUCAGACGAAGCGGGAGGCUGAGAGUACAAUUGCUUCGGAGUUCCCAAAUAUGAGGCCCGUUUUCAUUAGACCACCGAUGCUUUGGGAUAGCUCGAGGACGAUCACAAUACCACUUGCCGCGGCGACGGGCUUAGGAGCAGUAUUCAAUACCGUCACUGGUGGAAUAUUUGGAGGAAUCAUGGGAGCUGCUGGAGUAAAACCACUAAAGGCGGAUCUUGUAGCGGAGGCUUUAGUCGAGGCAUUGGCUGAUGAGAGCGUUAAGGGUCCAGUUGAAGUCAAGGAGAUAGAGGCACUUGCUCAAAAAGCGUGGAGAAAAGGAAUGGUGUAA